CUGUAUGUGUAUUUGUGUUAACUCAUUGAAUUGUCAUAGUCCCCUAAUGAUUAUUUUUGUUCUUUUCACGAUUUUCGUGUUAGAGUAUAUUCAGUUUGCAGUUUCACGUGGAUUAUAAUACUCUGAUAACACGAUUUUAAGUGUAAGUUUUGAGGACUAUUUCGCACUAUAAGAGGUAUCUAUUGAAGUUAUAAUCAUGAUAAAUUAACAAUUUGUUGAUUCAUUGAACGUGCAACAGUUAGAACAAUGGACGAUAGUAAAGACAAAAACGGAAUGUUAGCCGACUUUCAGGCUAUCACCGGAAUCGAUAAUGUUGGAGAAGCUUUGAUGCACCUUUCAAAUUGUAAUUGGGAUCUAUUGGCUGCUAUUCAACAUGUAAUGCCACAACAUACACAACAGUUACCAUCUGAAAGCCGCACAUAUCAAUCAGACAUUCCAAUGGUAACAAUUGCAGAUGAUUUUAUUGACAUGAGUGCAUCAACAUCAAAUGAGAAUCAUCGUGUGAUAACCAUUGAGAUUGAACAAAAUAAACGUAUUAUUACUACAUUAAAAGUCAAUGAUGGCUCAACUGUUGAUGAUAUUAAAACAUUAGUAUAUGCAGAAAGUGCUAUUCCUUGUUGUCAACAACUCCUGAAUGGUUGGCCAAACAAUCAUUCCCCUUCAAAUAAAGAUACCCUUUCUAAAUUAAAUGUACCAGAUAAAUUUAAAUUAACUCUAACUACUGGUAAAGGUGAAUCUACUCGAGCAUUAAAUGGAAGGUCCAAAGAAAAAACAUAUACUUUAAAUAUUACAAUGGAAGCUACCAGUACAAGUCAAUAUAAAGUUCACAAAUUAACAUUCCCACAUUAUAAAACUGUCCAAGAUGUAAAAGAAUUUGUUGCAAGUUUAACUCAUUUAUCAAUUAGCAAUCAACAAUGGAUGGGAUGGCCACAUUUUGUUACUCCUACAACUACAUUGGAAGAAUCUCAUAUAAAUUAUCCAGUUCAUGAUUUUAAAUUGAAACCGUUAAAUUCUGUAUCAAGACGUACAAGAAGAACUUAUAACAGUAGAUUAAAUUCAGUGGUUGAUAUGGAAACAAGUGACUCUCCAAUGCCGUCAUCGUCUACAUCUUCAUCCUCUACCUCUUCUUCAUCAUCGGAAGAAGAUCCAUUUGAAGAUGCUGCUGAAUCACUAAGUGGCAUUGAUGAUGAUGAUGAAGAUGCUAUGUUUAUGGACACAGAAAUUAUCAAUAGAAUACGGCCUUUAAUUUCUGAAGAUAUAGAUGAUGAACUUGCAGGAGUGAUACAAUUUGUAGAAGAAUUUCAAAAUCGUUACGGUGAUAUGAGACCAGAAUUUUUUUUAGGUACUCUAGAUCAAGCUAUAAAAAUUGCAUGUUUCAAACCUGCUAAAGAUAAACGUUUAUUAGCAGUUUAUUUACAUCAUGAUCGUAGUGUGCUAUCAAAUGUGUUUUGUACACAGCUAUUAUGUUUUGAAUCCGUGGUUCAAUAUUUAAAUGCAAAUUUCCUUGUUUGGGGUUGGGAUAUGACUCAUACAUCCAAUAGAAAUCGAAUACUACAAUCUGCUUCUCAAGCACUUGGUCAAAUGGCUGAAGUUACAUUGAGAGCUAUUGAUGUAAAUAGACUUCCAGCUUUAGUAUUAAUUACUCGUAAUCGAUCCAAUACUGAAAUUUUAUCAGUCAUUAAUGGGGAUUGUAAUAUAAGUGAACUAUUGUCAAGUCUCAUAAAUGCUCAAGAAAUGUUUGCUAUGCAGCAACAGGUAGAAAUUAAAGAAGAAGGUGAAAGGAAUUUAAGAGAAAUGAUUAAAGUAGAACAAGAUGAAGCUUAUCAACAAUCUUUAGCUAUUGACAGAGCAAAAGAAGAAGCCAAAAAAAUGCAAGAAAUGGAAGAAGAAGCUAUUCGAUCUCAAAUUGAAUAUCAAGAAAAACAAGCUGCAGCUGAAAAAGAAGCUACAAAAAAACGUAUUGAAGCUUCCCUGCCAGUAGAACCUGAACCUGGUGAUGAUGUAUCCAAGAUUCGCUUUAGGUUACCUCUUGGAAAAUUUUUAGAGAGAAGAUUUUUGUCCUCUGAAAGUUUACAAGUUAUAUUUGAUUACCUUUAUGUAAAUGGUUUCAGUCAAGAAGAAUAUAAAGUGAUAUCAAGCUGGCCAAGAAGAGAUUUAACAACACUUAAUGCUGCCCAAACUAUGAAAGAACUAAAUCUUUACCCACAAGAGACUUUAAUUCUUGAAGAACGAUAAUAUCUUUCAUUGUAAAAUUAACCUUUUGUAUAAACAAAGAACACUUUAUUGUCACAUACAAAUGUUUUUAUUAUUAUUAAUUAAAUGUCUAUUUUAAUUUAAAAAUAUUGUCAUAACUAUAAGGAAAAAUAAGAAAAAUUCAUACAAAUUAAUGUUUAUA